GGCAGCUCUCCUUUGGCCCCGUUCGAGGCGUCCCUCUUCACCGCUCUUCUACCUCGCGCAGCAUGUCGGGCCGCGGCAAGACCGGCGGCAAGGCCCGCGCCAAGGCCAAAUCGCGCUCGUCGCGCGCCGGCCUCCAGUUCCCAGUGGGCCGCGUGCACCGGCUGCUGCGGAAGGGCCACUACGCCGAGCGGGUGGGCGCCGGCGCGCCGGUGUACUUGGCGGCGGUGCUCGAGUACCUCACCGCGGAGAUCCUGGAGCUGGCGGGCAACGCGGCCCGCGACAACAAGAAGACGCGGAUCAUCCCCCGCCACCUGCAGCUGGCCAUCCGCAACGACGAAGAGCUCAACAAGCUGCUGGGCGGCGUGACGAUCGCCCAGGGAGGCGUCCUGCCCAACAUCCAGGCCGUGCUGCUGCCCAAGAAGACCAGCGCCACCGUGGGGCCGAAGGCGCCCGCGGGCGGCAAGAAGGCCACCCAGGCCUCUCAGGAGUAUUGAGGGGCGCCCGCGCCGCAGCCGGCCCCCCAUGCCAUCACAAAGGCCCUUUUAAGGGCCACCACCGCCCUCACGGAAAGAGCUGAGCCACGUCGGGCUCAGGGCGG